AUGGAGUCGUCAGGAGAUGCACGCAUUCCCGGACACGAAGAACCAGCUGCCUUUUAUACCCAAGAGCAAAUCUACAGUGCUUUGGCCCGCGCUAAACGCAUCGUCAACCGGAUCCAUCAGGAUGACAACACCUAUGUUCUGACCAAGAGCCAUCUCGCUGUCAUCUUCGAAACCCCGAACCUUGAUGCGCUUGAUCCACUCGUUCGUGGAGGCGAACUGAAGGCCUGCAUCGAAAACAUUCGUCUCUUUGCGGAGAUGUUCUUCACCAACGAACCGGUGUACCCUUACAGACGGGAAAACGUGUCACGCACCGUUAUUGAAGCGGCUCUGGAUCGAGACAAACAUGACUGUACCGUUACGCUGCUUCCAUAUCCUGUCGUGGUACCCAUUCUGCCUCUUGAUGUGCCAUUAUCAGUGCAUACUGCUACAAAUGUCGUGGGAGACAUGAUGGGAGCAGAAUUCAUCAAUCGUCACAAAGAAAGGUUUCAGACACCUAGAGGCUUUAACACGUUGGGCAACAUGAUGUCCAUUAACCCACAAAUGCGUGUUUACUUGGAACUAUGCUGUUGGGCCUUUGAGCACAUCGUAUCCAAGAAGGUCGGCGACAACAAAUAUCGCAAUACGCUCAAGCUGUACUGGCUGCCAGCAUGUUUCACCGAUGUCUCUCAGUAUCCGACUACGAUCAAUAUUGAUGAGCUCGAUCAGUUCGUCUCUCGCCUCUCUAUCGACUUGGAAAAGGCCCAUGACGAAGGCUUCAAAGCUCGACGCCCCAGGGCCGGCAAAGGAUACAUCGGAUAUUACCACGCGGUCACCAGGAAGUUGUUGAAAACUGGCGACACCUUUGUGGUCGAACAUGACAGCCCAGACGAGAUGCAGCUGUUUGCCGACAUGAUCAAGCUCCGGUGGAAGUGUCUGCGCAUUGUCACGUUGGCCGGUAUCACUCACACGGAGGCACCCCUCGACCAAAGCGACAGCGACACUAAUGGCGACGAUAUGCGCCCGUCCAAUUGA